AUGCAGCACAAUAAGUCCUCAGAUCUAUGGGUAGUCGCUCGCUCCGAGCUCGCCGCUAAAAAAUUAGCUUCAGAACGCCUUCAUCUGCCAGAAAAUGAAGAUGUUCUAGACACCUGGUUUAGCUCUGCUCUUCUUCCGUUUUCUUCUUUGGGCUGGCCGAAUCAAACCUCUGAUUCGUGUGACUUCGAGCGCUUCUAUCCACUUUCUUUGCUCGAGACUGGGGGGGAUAUUCUAUUCUUCUGGGUGGUUAGAAUGGUGAUGCUGGGUCUACAAUUGACUGGAAGAUUGCCUUUUCACGAGGUGUAG